UACAAAGUCUACCUCUGGUAAAGUGCAACAAUGUUAGCUGAAUAAACUAUUAUUGUUAUUAUUAUUAUAAAUAAUACUUAAUCAAAUUUAAUUAAAAUGGAUAAUUAUUUUUAUCUUUUAUAUAUUUUAAUUAAUAUGAAUUUAUCUAUAAAGAUAGUUCCGAUAAGUAUAUUAUUUAUAAAAAAAAAGAAAACAAAUUCUAUUCACAAACUUGUCAACAUCGAAAUGAGACUGUUGAUCUUUGCAGUAGGUGUGGUGUGCUCGGCGCUGGCUGAGGAGCAGAUAGCUCUGAACUACCACGAGGACUACGGCAUCCCUCUAGCGACAAGCAUCAAGCGGGCAGAGGAGGCUGGCGACUUCGACGGAGCCAGGGUUGUGGGGGGGUGGCGGGCUGGACUCGGGGACCAUCCCCAUUUGGGCGGUGUGCUCGUCAAUCUGUAUGGUGGGGCAGUCUCAGUAUGUGCCUGCUCUUUAACCAACACGAGUAAUACCUUCGCCCACUGCUGGUGGGACGGCUACAACCGGCCAUCGACUUCACUCCCUGCUUACGGCUCCCGCUGUUCUCCGGCGGCAUGCGUGAACACGUCCGCCGUCGACGUUCACGCCGCAUACAACUCCAAUAACUUGAACAAUGAUAUCGCCGUCGUCAUCUUACCGUGGGUGAAUUAUACUGUCUUCGUGUCAGAAUUAUGA